ACACGUUCAUUGAGUAGAUGCGUCGAAGAUAAAACAUUGACUGAUCAUCGCGUAGACAAUGUCGUUGACGAUAGUUUUAAUAGAAAAGGCGAACGUAGCGCCGCCAGUGACGAGUAAUUCAACUAUCUGUUAACAUGGCGAACCGCACGGUAAAAGACGCGAAAUCAAUUCGCGGUACCAAUCCACAGUAUUUAGUGGAGAAAAUAAUAAGAUCUCGAGUUUACGAUUCGAAAUAUUGGAAGGAAGAAUGUUUUGCUUUAACCGCAGAGUUACUUGUCGACAAAGCCAUGGAAUUGAAAUACAUAGGUGGAGUUUACGGUGGCAAUGUAAAACCAACGCCAUUUCUAUGUUUAAUAUUAAAAAUGUUACAAAUACAGCCAGAAAAAGAUAUCAUAGUAGAGUUCAUAAAGAACGAAGAAUUCAAAUAUGUCAGAGCUUUGGGUGCGCUUUAUAUGCGACUGACAGGUUCAUCAUUGGAUUGUUACAAGUAUUUAGAGCCUUUGUUCAACGAUAAUAGAAAACUUAGGAAACAAAAUAAGCAAGGUUUUUUCGAAUUGAUCCAUAUGGAUGAGUUUAUAGAUGAGCUUCUACGCGAAGAGAGAUCAUGCGACGUUAUUUUGCCAAGAAUCCAAAAGCGUCACGUUUUAGAAGAAAAUAAUGAAUUAGAGGCAAAAGUAUCGGCAUUGGAAGACGACAUGGAUGAAGGAAUUGAAACGUCAGAGGACGAAGAUAUACCUCCUGUCAAAGAAGAAAGUCGCAAAAGAACGGAAGAUCAUGAUAGAGACAGAGAUCGUCACAGAGACAGAGACAAGAGACAUUCUCGUUCGGAUAAAAAAUCGGAUAGAGAAAAGCAAAGGUCGCGAAGUAGGGAAAGAGAAAGAGACAGGAGAGAACGUAAACGAAGUAAAUCGCCUAAGACUCAUUCCUCCUCGCACAAGGAUAAAGAUAGGGACAAGGAUAGACAUAGAAGAGAUGACAGAGAUAGGGAUAGAGAUCGAGACAGAGAAAGAGACAGGGAUCGAAGAAGGGAUCGUGAAAGAGCUAGGCAUUGACUUGGCAAUUGUGCGUGCCUGUUUUUUCUGACCGUUCUAUUUCCUCAUCAGUGGUAUAUGGCGGUUGAAGACCAGGACUCCAAAAUUGCGCCGUGCUUUUACAUUUGUACAGAACAUGCCGCAUUUCAGGUAGGCCGAUAUCCGCGGUCGUAAUUGGUGUUUUAUUCAUGGAUUCAUUUAUCGCUUCUAAACAAUUUGUCCUCCUUAAUUUCUCCACUAUUUUCUAAUAAAGAUUUUUUAAUUACGUUAAA